AUUGAUUGGCGACUAUACCCUCAAGAAGAUAUAAUAAAACAUUUUCUGUUCUGAAACAUACACAGUACAUGUAUCAAUCAGUAUAAACGUGGUAUAAACUUACUUUAAAAUAAAAUCACGAAUUAUAAUAGUUUCAAGCUCACAUUUAACAUCUGUGAUUUGUGUGAUGGUUGAUUACACAUCGCGAUUGCAUCAAUCAGUCUGGAGAUACAUAAAGCCAUAAAACCAAGCUUAUAACAUAUGUAAAUGAAAUUUUGGUGUAAACUAACAGCUAUUUUGUAACAAUGGCGCUUUACGAAGGAAUAGCUCUAAUACAAGAGAAGCAAGCGGUCGUCUUAGACCUCGGAACUGAUUACACCAAGUUCGGUUUUACAGGCGAGGCAGCACCUCGCUGCAUCGUGAGGACUGAGUUUUGGUGUACCGCGGAGCGUCGCUACAAACGAGUCUACGAAUACAAGACUCCGGAAGAACUGUAUGAUAAUCUUGUAAACAUGCUACAUUUACUAUACUUCAGACAUGUAUUAGUUAACCCAAAAGAACGGAAAGUUGUCGUCGUCGAGUCCCUGCUCACCCCAACAUUAUUUCGAGAAACUCUAGCAAAGGUUCUAUUCACUCAUUACGAAGUCUCAGGUGUAAUAUGGGCUGAUAAUCCACGAAUGUGUGCUUUGACAUUGGGCACACCCAUCACACUCAUUGUGUCUGUUGGUGCUAGAGAAGCGGAGGUAUCAGCAGUUGUUCAUGCCUGUCCUGUUCUCCGUGCAUUACAAUCACAGCCUUUAGCAUCUCACGCUAUCCAUGACGAAUUAGCUCGUCUAAUAGAUGAAGACAAUAACUCUGAAUUACAUUUAUCUGAUGAUAUCAUUGAAGAUAUUAAAGUUAAAACUUGUUUCAUCACUACACGUGAGCGUUCUGGGAAGUGGGCGGCUGGUGAAACACUGCAAUGUAAAAGUGUACAGUAUCCAGUACCUGGCCGGGCAGCUAUCACUAUUUCAGGAAAAACAAGAGAAUUAGCUGCAGAAUCCUUAUUUGUAAGGGAUAAUGAAUUGGCAUCCCUACCCGAUAUUAUAUUGCAAUGUAUUAUGCUGUGUCCUAUUGAUGUGAGGAGACCUCUGGCUGAGAAUAUUUUAGUUACCGGUGGUACAGCAUGUAUGCCUGGUCUUAAAGUGAGGCUUGCACAGGAACUUAGGCACUUGGUUACGCAGCCACCCUAUAAUGAGAGACUUCACAUCAGCGAAUUCAAGUUCCAUUCCGCACCUGCUCAUGACAACAGUGUAGGGUGGCUUGGUGGGGCAUUAGCUGGUGCAGGAGAUGCUGGUGCCACAAGAGCUAUGUCCAGAGAUGUGUAUGUAAGGGAUAAGAGGUUAAAAGAUUGGGUGUGCUUAUUAGAUAACACUCCAAAUGAUCAUCCACAUAGGGAUAGCACUGAGAUUUAAAUUACUUAUCUGAUGACAUUAGAAAUAUUAGAAGCUGCUUGAUAUUGAAAUUUUAAUAACAUGUUGUACUUAAAACAGCACUCUGAAAAAACCAGCAGAAUUUGUCGAGGAAGGUUUUAAGUGAAACUAAAAGCAC